AUGGCAAAUAAGGAAAGAAAAAAGGGACAAGAUGACAAGAAAAAUCCUGCUGCUAUGAUUGAUGAGGAGCCUGAGCCCCCCAAACCAGAAGAAGGCAAGCAGGAAGGAGACUCUCCUGAUGGUGACAAGAAAGGUGACAAAAACCCACAGGAUAAUAAGAAGACACAGCCAGGGUUUAUGCAGUCUCAUUAUUUUGUUGCUCUUUACCGGUUUAAAGCACUAGAAAAAGAUGACCUUGAUUUCCAGGCUGGAGACAGAAUUACAGUUAUUGAUGACUCUAAUGAAGAAUGGUGGAGAGGAAAGAUAGGGGAGAAAGCUGGCUUUUUCCCUGCUAACUACAUCAUACGGGUGCGUGCUGGGGAGAGAGUUUACAAAGUGACUCGGUCAUUUGUUGGAAACAGAGAGAUUGGACAGAUUACGUUGAAGAAAGAUCAAAUUGUUGUACAAAAAGGAGAGGAAGUAAAUGGCUACAAAUCAAAGUUCUGA